UAAGUGAAAAGAGUGAGGACUAUCUCGUCAUUUCGCAAAACAUUUCUUGUCCGGACAAGUAGCAGUUGACGAUGAGUCGCUAACGAGCAAAUAUUUCUCUAUCGACAGAGGAGAGAGACAGAGACACAGAGCUUUCUUUCUCCAGGUCUCCGCUCUUUCUUCGCCCUCUUCGAUCGCUGAAGCUACGCCGUUUUAAUGGCUUUUCAAGGAAAGAAACUCAUCAACAAUCCCAAUGAUGUGGUAACUGAGUUCAUUGAGGGUCUAGCAGAAACAUAUCCUGGCGUGCAGUACUUGGAUGGUUUUCCUGAGGUCAAGGUUGUAUUACGUGCUGAUGUUUCAAGUGCUACAUAUGACAAGGUUGCAGUUAUAUCAGGUGGAGGUAGUGGACAUGAACCUGCACAUGCUGGAUUUGUUGGAGAAGGGAUGCUCACAGCUGCUAUUUGUGGAGAAGUUUUUGCUUCUCCACAAGUUGAUUCAAUUCUUGCUGGUAUUCGAGCUGUAACUGGCCCCAAGGGAUGUAUUUUGAUCGUCAAGAAUUAUACCGGUGAUCGUUUAAAUUUUGGUUUGGCUGCUGAACAAGCAAAAUCGGAAGGUUAUAAAGUAGAGACUGUUAUUGUUGGAGAUGAUUGUGCUUUACCUCCACCUCGGGGCAUAGCUGGCCGGCGUGGUCUGGCAGGGACGAUUCUAGUUCAUAAGGUUGCUGGAGCUGCUGCUGCUUCUGGACUUUCUCUUGAUGAGGUUGCUGCAGAAGCAAAAUGUGCAUCUGAAAUGGUUGGAACAAUGGGUGUUGCAUUGUCAGUUUGCACACUGCCUGGUCAGGUUACAUCAGAUCGUUUGGGUCCAGGAAAGAUGGAACUUGGGCUUGGAAUUCAUGGUGAACCUGGUGCUGCUGUGGUUGACCUUCAGCCUGUUGAGGUGGUUGUUUCAUAUGUUCUUAAGCAGAUAUUGUCACCGGAAACUAACUAUGUUCCAAUUACACGUGGUAAUCGAGUAGUGCUCAUGGUCAAUGGACUUGGUGCCACUCCUGUAAUGGAGCUGAUGAUUGCAGCUGGAAAAGCAGUCCCUCAGUUGCAACUGGAGCAUGGACUGGCUGUUGAUAGAGUGUAUACUGGGUCAUUUAUGACUUCUCUUGAUAUGGCAGGAUUUUCAAUUUCCAUAAUGAAGGCAGAUGAAGCAAUUUUGCAAUGGUUGGAUGCUGCAACUAAGGCUCCAUUCUGGCCUGCUGGAAUUGAUGGUAAUCGUCCACCUGCCAAGAUACCUGUUCAACUGCCAUUGAAUCACUUGAUGAACAAUGAUGAGUCAAUAGGUCGGCCACUACAGUUAAGUAAGCAGGGACAAAUUCUUGAGGUGUGUAUUGAGGCAGCAGCAAAUGCAGUUAUCGAUCUUAGGGACAGUUUAAAUGAAUGGGAUAGCAAAGUAGGUGAUGGUGACUGUGGAUCAACGAUGUAUAGGGGUGCAACAGCAAUUCUAGAGGACAUGAAAAAGUAUUAUCCCCUUAAUGAUGCUGUGGAAACAGUAAAUGAAAUUGGAUCAUCUGUUAGAAGAGUUAUGGGAGGAACGAGUGGGAUUAUAUACAAUAUAUUUUGCAAGGCAGCUCAUGCACAGCUGAAAGCAAACUCACAAUCAGCUGUGACGUCAAAACAAUGGGCUGAAGCACUUGAAGCUUCAAUUGCCGCAGUCAGUAAGUAUGGCGGGGCUAGUGCUGGCUAUCGCACUUUGUUAGAUGCACUUAUUCCAGCAUCAGCAGUCCUUCAGGAGAGGUUAAAUGCUGGGGAUGAUCCUUUUACUGCUUUUGUUCUCUCAUCUGAAGCAGCAUUGGCUGGAGCUGAGUCAACCAGACACAUGCAGGCACAGGCUGGCCGCUCUACCUAUGUCUCUACAGAUAUCCUUGCAUCAGUUCCAGACCCUGGAGCUAUGGCUGCAGCUGCAUGGUACAGAGCAGCAGCUUUAGCCAUCAAGAACAAAGAGCCUUCAUAAGCUGAUGCAUCUAAUACUCGUUGCAAUUCGUGGUUCUUUUUGGUUGCCGCAGAUAUAACCGAGCUAAUUUUUUGUUGAUUAUUGGAAUCUGUUGUCUAACUUAGGCUUUAUGCUUAUGCAAAAUUUUGUGGUAAAGUUCAGAGAGCAAGUUUCAUUUUUUGCAAUUCUCUAUAGAAAAUGUAAAUUUCAAAGGACAGUGAAAUCGUCAAAUUUCAUACGUUUCAAAGUCUUGGUUGUACUUCACACCUAUGUAACAUUGGCUUUGAGCAGACCUGGUUAUGAUCCAGAAUAGGACUGUAGGGGGUUCUCGGUCCUGAUUGGAUUUUUAUUUAGUCUUGUAUUGAUCAAAUAUAAAGAUUGAAUUUUUUUUUUUUCCAA